AGUGUCUGGGUGGUUGUUCCCCGGGGUUCCACUAGAUGUCCUCCUUCUCACGGUGUCUGUCCCAGAUCACUUCCUGUUCCCUUAUAUGGUCACCUUCCUCCUUGUUACCUGAUUGAUUGUUCACCCCACCUGUCUCCUGUUUCCCAAUUAUCCUUCUGUGUAUAAAUACCCAGUCUGUCUUAGUCUAUGUCACGGAGUCCUUGUCUGAUGUCAUUGUGUUCAGGUCCAUCAGUCUUGCUUUGUCUUACCCUAUGUGUCUCAUUCUCUCGUUCCACCAGACUUCCUCUACCUUUCCGUUCUUCCGAGUUCCCCGUUUCAUCCGGUUCCCUUUUUGUUUGAUUUGUCUCUCAUGACUGUUUAUUUUGUAUUUACCCCUCUGUUUAAAUAAAACCCUUACCUGCAUUUGGAUCUACCCUCUCUUUGUGUUUUUCCCCAAUACCUAUCGUGACAGAAGGACUCCGUCAUGCCUAGAUCCAGCGGUGUGGGAUUUCGAAUCGGUUCCCCAGCCACCAUGGAGGAACGGAGGGGGAGAUACCAGAACUUAAUCACCCUUCAUCAAGAGGGAAGUGAGGUGGGUGGCCUGGCGCAAUUGUUUUGGACUAUGGCAGUCGGGCUAGGUUACAAUGAUGCAGCACUAAAGGAUUUAUUUAAUAAUUGCCUGGAUGAUCCUUUACCUUCAUGGGAGAUGAAGGGGUUAGAGAUACUGGACUUUUGGGGGUUUACCAAUUACCUGCACCAUCGUGCCCAGUGGGAUGCAACAACCACACCAGAGUGUCCAGACAAGGCUGCCAGCUCAGCCCCACAGCACAAGAUGAGCGCCAGCCCAACCCCACAGCCCAAGAUGGCCGCCAACCUAGCGUCACAGCCCAAGAUGGCCGCCAGCCCAGCACCACAGCACAAGAUGGCCGACUCAACGCCACCGACUCCUCAUCGUAGAGGGCGGAGGAGGAGACAGGCAGCUGCUGUUCCCGAGGCGGAGUCCGAGGCAGUUCCCGAGGCGGUGCCCGAGGCUGUUCCCGAGGCGGUGCCCGAUGCAGUUCCCGAGGCGGAGCCCGAUGCAGUUCCCGAGGCGGUGCCCGAUGCUGUUUCCGAGGCGGUGCCCGAUGCUGUUUCCGAGGCGGUGCCCGAUGCAGUUCCCGAGGCGGAGCCCGAGGCAGUUUCCGAGGCGGUGCCCGAGGCAGUUUCCGAGGCGGUGCCCGAUGCAGUUCCCGAGGCGGAGCCCGAUGCAGUUCCCGAGGCGGUGCCCGAUGCAGUUUCCGAGGCGGUGCCCGAUGCAGUUCCCGAGGCGGAGCCCGAUGCAGUUCCCGAGGCGGAGCCCGAUGCAGUUCCCGAGGCGGAGCCCGAUGCAGUUCCCGAGGCGGAGCCCGAUGCAGUUCCCGAGGCGGAGCCCGAUGCAGUUCCCGAGGCGGUGCCCGAUGCAGUUCCCGAGGCGGUGCCCGAUGCAGUUCCCGAGGCGGUGCCCGAUGCAGUUCCCGAGGCGGUGCCCGAUGCAGUUCCCGAGGCGGUGCCCGAUGCAGUUCCCGAGGCGAAGCCCGAUGCAGUUCCCGAUGCAGUUCCCGAGGCGGUGCCCGAGGCGGUGCCCGAGGUUGUUCCCGAGGCGGUGCCCGAUGUUGUUCCCGAGGCGGUGUCCGUUACAGUUCCCGAGGCGGUGACCACAAGGCCGUGGUGGUCUUCGGCUCCGCCCUGGGAGACUCUGGCGGUGACCACGAGGACGUGGUGGUCAUCCGCUCCGCCCUGGGGGACUCUGGCGGUGACCACGAGGACGUGGUGGUCGUCCGCUCCACCCUGGUGGACUCUGGUGAUGACCAUGAGGACGUGGUGGUCUUCUGCUCCGCCCUGGUGGACUCCGGCCUCGACCACAGAGACGUGGUGGUCUUCCGCUCCGCCCUGGAGGGCUUUGACUUUAACCACAAGGCCAUGGUGGUCUUCCGCUCCGCCCUGGAGGGCUCUGGCCUUGACCACACGACUGUGGUGGUCAUCUGCUCCGUCCUAGUGGACGCCUCAACAUGUCCUUCAUGGACUUAUGUUUUGUGUUUUUUUUGAGUUCUGUUUCUGUCUGUUCUUUUUAGUUUAGUCUGGCCCUCCGUCCCUCCCCCUGUACCUCCUCCGGUCCUCCUCCCUCCUGGUCUCCCGGUUUUAUGUAUCAUUUCUGGUGUUUGUUCCCCUUGUGUUCCUUUUCUGGCCCUCCGUCCCUCCCCCUGAGCCUCCACCUGUCCGCCUCCCUCCUGGUCUCUGUGUCAUGUUUUGUCUUUAAGCGUCUGGUAGCCGCUCCGUAGAGGGGGGGUACUGUCACAGUGUCUGGGUGGUUGUUCCCCGGGGUUCCACUAGAUGUCCUCCUUCUCACGGUGUCUGUCCCAGAUCACUUCCUGUUCCCUUAUAUGGUCACCUUCCUCCUUGUUACCUGAUUGAUUGUUCACCCCACCUGUCUCCUGUUUCCCAAUUAUCCUUCUGUGUAUAAAUACCCAGUCUGUCUUAGUCUAUGUCACGGAGUCCUUGUCUGAUGUCAUUGUGUUCAGGUCCAUCAGUCUUGCUUUGUCUUACCCUAUGUGUCUCAUUCUCUCGUUCCACCAGACUUCCUCUACCUUUCCGUUCUUCCGAGUUCCCCGUUUCAUCCGGUUCCCUUUUUGUUUGAUUUGUCUCUCAUGACUGUUUAUUUUGUAUUUACCCCUCUGUUUAAAUAAAACCCUUACCUGCA